GCACACGGUGGAAGUAGGAGGCUAAAGGAGGGCGUACGCAACGGAAGACUGAAGUGGGAAGAGAUCGCGGCACGUGGGUGGGCUUGCCAGCAAGAGCGAUGGGCAAAACGGAGAAGAAAGUAUCUAUGGCUUCCGCUGCUCCGCGGAAGGGGCUUCUCCCCCGUGGUAGCCAUAAGAAGAAAAAAGCAAAUUCAAAACCAGAUUGCCUGAAUGAGCAAGAGAUUCCAUAUCGGUUGCGGGAAAUCAUGAGGAGCCGUGAUGAACUAAAAAACCCCACACGCAAGAAGAAAAAGAAAGCUGCAAAUAAGCAGAGGCCUCAGUCAGAGGGUGACAUACCAGUACCGAAGUUCAGGAGGCGGCAAGGGGAGACGGAAUCCUCAUACACCAGACGCAUGGAGCAGGAGGUUCAGCAUGUGCGCUUUCUCACUGAAAAUCAGAUACAGCGUGAGCCUGAGAAAGUGAUUCAGGUCCAAGAAAAAUCGCAGAGGAAAAAAGAAUUUCAGAAGAAGAAGCUUGAAAAAAUCCGUAAGCAAAAAGCAGAGAAAAAAGUGGCAAUGCUUGAGAGGGACCUUCUCAAAGACACAGUAAAAUUUGGAGAAGUUGCUCUCCAGCCCCCCACCCUUACAGUGAAACCCAGGAAGAGUGUUAUUAAAGACAAGGGUGAUCAGAGGAGGCAACUUCUGCUAAUGUCUCUUUUGGGAUCUGGUAGAACCACCACCAUUAAAAAAUCAGUCCAUGCCUCUCUUGCUCGCCAAAGGAUCAUUCAAGAGGAGAGGGAACGGGUUGUCCAAGCCUAUCGCAAUAUAAAGAAACGUAAGCAGCAGCAGCAACAGCUGUUGAAUGAAAGCUUUCUUGCUAUGGACAAGCUAAAGAAACCAGUCUGAGUUGAUGGAACAGUUUUAUUGUUCUGAGAAACACACUGCUGUUGCAGACAAUUGUAGAACGGCAGCCAAGUCUACUAUCUUUCUCCUUUCCAGUUUGAAUGAGAGUACCCAGCAACACAGAUAAGCAAAUUAACAGUUGAGCAAUAUGAAUUUACAUACAUCAGUUCUGUGAGCAGACCAAAUUCUUUAAAAAGUGUUUCUAGUAGCCCAGUUUCAGAACUACAUUCACAGUAGACCUUGCAACGUGAAAAAUGCAUGCAUCACAUUUGCUACUUCCAAAGGAUUAGUUAUUCAGGUUGUCUACAAGAAUCAGAACCAGCUUUCAGGCAGCUUAGUUCUCAAAUUGGUUUUGAUGUUUCUUAGAAAGCUUCUUGCGAUGGCGAAGAAAACUGUUCUCUGGUUGGACAUUGCAGUCUUCUUGGCAAUUUAUUGUAGUGUAUUUGUGUUUUCCCCAUGACCCACCUGGCUUACAGAAAAAGUGAAUGUGAAGAACCUAAAAGAUCCAAACUGGGUCUCUCCUUGGAGUUUUGUUGCCAGUUUCUGAAUCAAAGUCAGAGAUGUGCUGAGUGGAUUGGGCCACCUGCUCCAAGAAAAUGUUACUAGAGACAGAUGAAUUGGAUUAAAAUAUGUUUCUACACCAAAUAUAUCUUCUUGCUAGUUUUGCUGGCUCUCCUAUCAUCCCAACUAGAAACUUCUUGUGCUACUCUAGUUGUAAAGAAAAUGAUUUCCUUGCAGAAGAGAAAUGGGGCUGCUGCUCCAGGGCAGCUGCUGUAUGGACACCCUCCGCUGAAUACCAGCAAACACUUUGGUUGGAGGGAAGUCCCUAAGAUAAGCUAAAGUGGGAGGUACACUUCCUUGGCAGAGGUUUUAAGGUGAAGUGGAGGAAGCAGCAUGCUUGUUUUGCAGAGAGUUUGGCCCAAGUUUACGAUAAAAGGGAAACAAUUGUGCCAUCCUUCCCCUUUCCCUUCCAAAUCCUGGUGCGGUUGUACAAUAACAAGAACAUGUAUUGGCAAAAAACAAAUGAACUUAAAUGGAGAAAUAAAGUGGUACUGCUGUGCCCAGCAGCCGUCACCAUGUAUUCUUGAGUCUACAAGCCAAAGUUAUUUUAAAAGUGUUGUGAAAGAUGACUUAAAAAAAACAAACAAGAAACCAGGUGGAUAUUUGGCAGGGUGAUGUUCUCAGGGAAAAGGUGGUUGGCAAAGUGAGGUGGCAAAAUUUUGAAUGGUACAGAAAAAGCAGCAUUAGUUGUAUUGGUUGAUUGAAGAAGGGAAAAAAUCUAAAAUCCUUACCCUAGAAAUACAUUUAUUAAGAUCAGUAUUGCAUUGGGCAAGAUUUUCGGGGGGGGGGUGGUUGGUCCUAAGGAAGAUAUUGCUAUAGUGGGCUUUGGGUGUGCAACACAGAUUUGUCAGUAGAUGGCAGGAUUUGUAUGCAAUGAGGAAUUCCUUUCUUAAGCAAGCUCUUUCUCUGGAGGGACCUUUUGUCUUUAUAAUGAAUGAGUGUGGUACAGAGAACAUCCUGUGGAUAUUUCCUACAGAUUCUCCCUGCAGCUAUCUGUAGUUUUGACUGAGCACCUGAUGUUCCAGGAUAAUGUCCUGGUAAAAUCUUUUUAAGUAUUCUUCUGAUGUCUCUGUGUUUAUGGUAUAGGUUCUAGAAAGUAUGUACUUUUACUGUAGUCUGAUUGCUCCACUCCUUUCAGCUCUCUGCUGGGGACUGAUCUUUAUUAGAUUUCUCAGCUUAUCCUUGAGAUUUCUAAAACAGUUUCUACCUUCAGUAUAUUUGGAAAGCUGUUUACGUGGGUGAGCACCUUGACUCUUUGAGGCGUGAUUGUGCCUACCAUGCUACAGCUUGGAAGCAGUUCCCGUCAUCUUCACUGUCACAUAGUAAAAAGUGAGCAUUCUAAAGAAAGCAGCCUGGUGGCACAGUGUUAUAUAGCAUCUAAUUGUGUUUGGUGGGGCCACCUCCAUCAGUGAGUGUACAACUGCCAGUUGGUGUUACCAUUUUAAGAAAAUAAAAGAAAAAGGAUGCUCUGUUUGUUCCCCCAAACAAGAUUGAAAAUCGUUAGGUUGGGUUUUUUUGUGGGUAGGUUAUUUUAAUGAAAUAUACUAAUAGGCUUUAACAGGACUUUUGUUUAGAGAGAAUUCUGUGCAAUCUAAAAAAACCUGCAAUCAAAAUAUUCUAAUAAAAUGUGAACCUGUUGAACAGUU